AUGGGUUCCUCACGGUCAGCAAAUUCAGGUCCGAUCAAUUUCCUCGAUCUGCCGAAAUUGGUUCGCGACAAAAUUUACGAAGAAGCGCUCGUCGUAUUGCAUCCGGUCUAUCUUUUCCAAGACCCAGGCUCUCAAGUGGAAACUUUUGCACCUGACAAACCUCUCCGGUGGCUUGCAUUGCUACAUACCAACCGACAGAUCUCCGUUGAGGCUAGCGCAGUGCUCUAUAGAGCGAAUCAUUUUGAACUCGUCGAUAUCACAGAGAAGCAAAUCGGCGUCCUGCGAUCGUUUCUAGACUGCAUUGGAACCGUGAAUGCGGCUUCACUAUCCCACCUAUGCAUCAGCUUUCCGAUCGUGGUAAGCAUAGAUGAAGAACCAGGAAAAUUGAGACUCAGGGACGACAGCCAGCAGAUUUUGAAGCUUCUCGAAGACAAGUGCACAAAUUUAUCAACACUAGAAACCGUUGUCCAUUAUAGGAAUUCCGGUUUCUUCAUGAGGACAGAACAGUUUCUCCGAGAAGCAUUAACAUAUAUCGACGGGCAUCUGAAGGCCAUCCACUCACUUCAAAGGAUCAUUGUCCGAGUCGAAGCCCAAAGUGGGGUUCCAACGUCUUCAGUGAAGGACAUGAUGCAACAGCUUGGAUGGUUAGUCUGGUCUGGCAACGGAAAUUAA